AUGAAGUUCGCUGCCUCUGUCCUCGCCCUCGCCGCCCUCGUCUCUGGUGCCGCCGCCCAGCUCACCAUCAUCUCCCCCGGCGGUCCUAAUUUGUGGUGGGUGGCUCAGUCGCAGAACGUGAUCGUCUGGUCGUGCAAGACGUCGCCAUACGAGAAUUUCACGAUUUCCAUCGCCAACUCGAACCCAGACAUUCUCGUCGAGCCCCUCGCAUUCGUUGCCCAACAGCCCAAUUACGAUUGCUCCGAGGCCAUCUCGCAGUACCAAGUCACCAUGCCUGCCGCCGAUGGCUACACCAUCCUUUUAUCCAAUUCGCUUAAUGCCACCGACGUUUACGCGACCAGCCAGCCAUUUGAGAUCAAGGCGCUCGGUGCAACAUACCCCGCCGCAUCCGCUACCCCGACGAGCGGUACAACCAAUUCCACCUCGACCUCUACCUCUGGCGCUGCUGCGACCUCGACCACGACAAAGAGUGGCUCCGAGCGCGUCGUUGCCUCCCUGGGCGGUCUUGCAGCUGUCGUCGCCGCACUGGGCUUCAGUCUAGCCUAA